AUGAAUUGCUACGGUGCGUCAGUGGCAUCCGGGACCUACGGUGAUCCGGGAGCAUCCAGUUGCAUCCUUGAAGGUGGAGCCGUAGUAGGAUCAUCGCAGGAACAGUUUCACCACAAGCCAUCAACGACCGGGAGUAGUGUUUGGUACGAUGUGCCGCCGGGCUGUCCAAGCAGUGAGCUUCCGCUGGGUGGAAGUAGUAGUAGUGGUGACCAGAGUGGUAGUGGUAAAGUGAUCGUGGCUAGUUGUAACAAUGUAUCUCCGUCCAUGUCAUCCGACCAAACCACGGGUCGAUAUUACACUCCGACUGGGAUCAGCGAGCUUUCCCUUGUUGGACCUGCUGGACAUCAUCCUUUUAGUAGCGCCAAUCGGCUAAUGGUACCAGAUCACCAUCGAUCCUCGUUGAUCUACGAAGGAAGCAAUGUGGAGCUAGGGUUCGGUGGUCUAACGAUCGAAGGAGAUGCUAUGGCUGUGGCGACUGUGGAUAAGAAAGUGCGGCAUGGUGUGAAGGAUCGAUUUUUGAUGAGCAAUUUACUGCAGUUAAAUAGUUCAUGCAGCACGCCGAAUGUCGCUAGUGCUGGUGAAGCGAUGGUACCAACGGACCCAUCGAUAGCGGUGUCGACGGAUAAAGAAGAUCUGGACGAUAGUCUGCACAGCAAGUCUGACAGUAGGCAACAGAUGCAAUCCAAGACGUGCUCGCUGAAGAAACCACGGCGCAAUCGAACGACGUUCACCACCAACCAGUUGACGGCGUUGGAGAAAAUAUUCGAGAAGACACACUAUCCGGACGCGUUUGUGCGUGAAGAGCUAGCGAACAAGGUUGGCCUGAGUGAGGCAAGAGUUCAGGUUUGGUUUCAGAAUCGACGGGCAAAAUUCCGACGGAACGAGCGUAGUGCCACAUCGGGCAGCGGGAGUACUACCAAGGCGGACGAUUUCUUCCACCCAGGUACAAUACCCGCAGCGGGUGGGCUUGGAUUUGGUGUAGAAAAGCCAGAUACUGGCCCAUACUCACUAUCCUUUUCCACAUUGAGUUCCAUCUUUUCACCGGUCGUAUCACAACUUCAGCACCAUCAUCACGCGCAUCAUCCCGCCGCCGGUCCUCCGGUGAGAAGUGGACAGUUUUAUGCACCUUACAAAUCCGCUUCACAGCACGACGAAACCGGUAGUAGCUUCUGCAGUCAAUCGUAUCAAUUUCCGAGCUUAAAGUAUUUAAACAAUCUACAGCAAACUUAA